AUGUGGCCAGCUUGUACCUUGCAGGCUGCAGGAGGUGGCUGGACUCCACGUAUGAGAUUCCAGCCAGGUAGCAGCACAAGGGAAAAAAGAAACUGCAAGAUGGGGGCUGCCCAGAAGCCAGCAAAUAGGCGUAAGCUUCAAGCACGCCGGGCAGACCUAGCUGCCUUCUGCAAACCUGCCAACAGCCCAGCCCAGAGCCAAGCAGAUCAUGAAACUAAGAGGGGCAAUUAUAAUUUCCCAGUGGGAACCAGAUACCACAGUUGUAGCAGCCAGAUCACAGUAGAUUACGAUGCUGUCAGUCCAUUUGCAAGAGGACAUUCUCACUGGAAAAAUCCUUAUGCACAUGGUGGCCCUCAUCUGCCCCUCACCAUCUCCAAAGAUGCUAGCAUUUCUGCAUAUCGGUCUUUUGUGCCACAGAUUGACCUAACAGCUCCUUUAUCCUGCCCAGCUUCACUAUCUAUCACUCCAGUGCCUUCUUACAGCAGCAGCAGCCAAGAAACCCUGAGUCAAGACUACACAGGUAUAAGUUUAUCUAUUCAUGGGGCUGAAAAGUGUGUUCCAGUCUAUCAGAGGAGAAGUGCGGCAAGCCAUUCAGUAUCACAGCGUCCGCCUGUGGUUAGGCAUUCGUCGCUCCCACAAGUCAGAAGGUCAAUAAAAAUGGAAGCCUCAUCUUAUGGAACUGGUAUAUCAGCAGUCACUAAUGGGAAAACAAAAAUCCAUCAGCCAGUUUCUUCAGAAGGAAGAAAGGAUUUGCAAGGUAACCGGUUGGAAACACAAAUACCAAUCGAUCCAGAUGCGCAGAAGAGAGAUGCGGACUUUUCAGAAAUUCUUAAUGCAAUACAAGAAAUAGCUAAGGAUGUCAACAUUUUUUUUGAUGAGUUAGAAGGAGUAAACAGCCCUUCCAAAGAUGAUGACUCUCUGCUCCACCAUGGUAAUUUGACAAGUACUUCUGAUGAUGCCAGCAGAUUGGAAGCAGCAGGAAAGGGAGAACAUGAUAAAAAUAAAUCCAAUGGGCUGUAUUUUCGAGAUGGCAAAUGUCGGAUUGACUACAUUCUAGUGUAUAGAAAAUCCAACCUACAGACAGAAAAGAGAGAGGUAUUUGAAAGAAAUAUAAGAGCAGAAGGAUUACAAAUGGAGAAAGAGUCAUCUUUAACCAACAGCGACAUCAUCUUUGUGAAGCUUCAUGCCCCAUGGGAAGUCCUAGGCAAAUAUGCAGAAGUAAUGAAUGUAAGAAUGCCUUUCAGGAGAAAAAUCUAUUACCUGCAUCGCAGAUACAAGUUCAUGAACAGGAUCGAGAAACAAAUAAGCAGGUUUCGAGGAUGGUUACCUAGAAAGCCUAUGAAACUGGACAAGGAGACACUGCCAGACCUGGAGGAGAAUGACUGCUACACUGCCCCUUUCAGCCAACAAAGGAUCCACCAUUUCAUCAUACACAACAAAGACACUUUCUUCAAUAAUGCUACAAGAAGUAGAAUUGUGCAUCAUAUUUUACAAAGAGUGAAAUAUGAAGAGGGAAAAAACAAAAUUGGUCUGAAUCGAUUGCUUAGUAAUGGCUCCUAUGAAGCUGCAUUUCCUCUUCACGAGGGAAGUUACAGAAGUAAAAAUUCCAUAAGAACCCAUGGAGCAGAAAACCACAGACAUCUACUUUAUGAGUGCUGGGCCUCCUGGGGUGUGUGGUAUAAAUACCAGCCAUUGGAUCUUGUACGACGGUAUUUUGGUGAGAAAAUUGGUUUGUACUUUGCCUGGUUAGGCUGGUACACAGGAAUGCUCUUCCCAGCUGCCUUCAUUGGAUUAUUUGUCUUUUUGUAUGGAGUCACAACCUUGAGCCACUGCCAAGUCAGUAAAGAAGUCUGCCAAGCUACAGAUAUCAUAAUGUGUCCUAUAUGUGAUAAAUACUGUCCCUUCAUGAGAUUGUCAGACAGCUGUGUUUAUGCCAAGGUGACUCACCUUUUUGAUAAUGGAGCUACUGUCUUUUUUGCUGUUUUCAUGGCAGUGUGGGCAACUGUUUUCCUGGAGUUUUGGAAAAGGCGACGAGCAGUGAUUGCUUAUGAUUGGGAUUUGAUAGACUGGGAAGAAGAAGAGGAAGAAAUACGUCCCCAGUUUGAAGCCAAGUACUCCAAGAAAGAACGGAUGAACCCCAUAUCUGGAAAGCCAGAGCCUUAUCAAGCAUUUGCAGACAAAUGCAGCAGACUUAUUGUUUCUGCAUCUGGAAUAUUUUUUAUGAUCUGUGUGGUGAUUGCUGCUGUUUUUGGCAUUGUUAUUUACCGUGUUGUGACUGUCAGCACUUUUGCUGCCUUUAAGUGGGCUUUAAUCAGGAAUAACUCUCAGGUUGCAACUACAGGGACUGCAGUGUGCAUCAACUUUUCCAUCAUCAUGCUACUGAAUGUGCUGUAUGAAAAAGUUGCUCUUUUACUGACAAAUUUAGAGCAGCCUCGUACUGAGUCUGAGUGGGAGAACAGCUUCACUUUGAAAAUGUUUCUUUUCCAGUUUGUCAAUCUGAACAGCUCUACCUUUUAUAUAGCAUUCUUCCUUGGAAGAUUCACAGGACACCCUGGUGCCUACUUGAGGCUGAUAAACAAGUGGAGACUGGAGGAGUGCCACCCCAGCGGAUGCCUUAUUGAUCUCUGUAUGCAAAUGGGUAUUAUAAUGGUGCUAAAGCAGACGUGGAAUAAUUUCAUGGAACUCGGCUACCCGUAA